AGCACAGCUACCAUUGAACAGUCUAUCCUUAUGGUUUAUACACCAGUAAAUCUCUAUUGGCGAGGGAUAGGAGAAGCACAGCUACCAUUGAACAGUCUAUCCUUAUAGUUUAUACACCAGUAAAUCUCUAUUGGCGAGGGAUAGGAGAAGCACAACUACCAUUGAACAGUCUAUCCUUAUGGUUUAUACACCAGUAAAUCUCUAUUGGCGAGGGAUAGGAGAAGCACAGCUACCAUUGAACAGUCUAUCCUUGUGGUUUAUACACCAGUAAAUCUCUAUUGGCGAGGGAUAGGAGAAGCACAGCUACCAUUGAACAGUCUAUCCUUAUAGUUUAUACACCAGUAAAUCUCUAUUGGCGAGGGAUAGGAGAAGCACAACUACCAUUGAACGCAGACAAACCCGUGGACAGUCUAUCCUUAUGGUUUAUACACCAGUAAAUCUCUAUUGGCGAGGGAUAGGAGAAGCACAACUACCAUUGAACGCAGACAAACCCGUGGACAGUCUAUCCUUAUGGUUUAUACACCAGUAAAUCUCUGCAUUGUCGAGUGACUUUAGGACUUCCGUGUCAUUACACAAACAGACGAUACCUCCUUCUAUUGAACUAACAGCCGCUGUUAAACCACCCAGCUACUUCCUGACGUCUGCGAUUCAGACCGGAAAACCAACUAUAACUCCGGGUUUUAACUCCUUUAAAAAAACAAAUAACUACCAUGGAAUCAACAUCUAACAACUACGAGCGGAACUGUGUUCUGUGUUGUCAGGAGCUCGACAUCUUCGCCCUGGGGAAAUGCGACCACCCGGUGUGUUACCGCUGCUCGACCAAAAUGAGGGUGCUGUGCGACCAGAAGUACUGCGCCGUGUGCCGGGAGCAGCUCGACAAGGUGCUGUUUGUGCAGAAGUUGGUGGCGUUCUCCUCUCAGCCCCUCCAGACGCUGCAGGUGGAAAGGAAACAUGACAUCUACUUUACAGACUCCAAGAUAUACGCUCAGUUCAGGACACUGCUGCAGUCUGAGUGUCCUGUGUGUCCAGAGUCUAAAGUCUUCUCAAAGUUUGAGGAGUUAGAGCAGCACAUGAGGAAACAGCAUGAACUCUUCUGUUGCAAACUCUGUACCAAACACCUGCAGAUCUUCUCCCAUGAGAGGAAGUGGUAUAACCGGAAGGAUCUGGCACGUCACCGUACCCAUGGUGACCCAGAUGACACGUCUCACCGCGGACACCCGCUCUGCAAGUUCUGUGAUGACCGUUACCUUGACAACGACGAGCUGCUGAAACACCUCCGUAGAGACCAUUACUUCUGUCACUUCUGUGAUGCUGACGGAGCCCAGGAGUACUACAGUGACUACCAGUACCUGAGCGAACACUUCCGGGAGGCCCAUUACCUGUGUGAGGAGGGGCGCUGUGCUACGGAGCAGUUCACCCACGCCUUCAGGAGCCAGAUCGACUACAAGGCCCACAAGGCCUCAGCACACAGCAAGAACCGAGCCGAAGCACGACAGAACCGACACAUAGACCUGCAGUUCAGCUAUGCCCCUCGCCAGACCCGACGCAACGAUGGAGGCAUGGUGUCUGGAGAGGACUAUGAGGAGGCGAGGUCGGGUCGGGGGGGAAGAGGAAGGAGCCAAGGGAACCAACCGAACACCAGAGGUAGCUGGAGAUACAACCGUGAGGAGGAGGACAGGGAGUUGGCAGUAGCAGUCAGAGCCUCUUUGAUGCAGCAGAGGAGACAGGAGGACGGAGGACGAGACACCCAGGACAGGAGCGCAGCGCCCAAACACCGCAAAGAGGAGAGGAUGGAGAGGCCCGAGCGGAUGGAGCGGCCCGAGCGGAUGGAGCGGCCCGAGCGGAUGGAGCGGAUGGAGAGGCCCGAGCGGAUGGAGCGGAUGGAGAGGCCCGAGCGGAUGGAGAGGCCCGAGCGGAUGGAGAGGCCCGAGCGGAUGGAGCGGCCCGAGCGGAUGGAGAGGCCCGAGCGGAUGGAGAGGCCCGAGCGGAUGGAGCGGCCCGAGCGGAUGGAGAGGCCCGAGCGGAUGGAGAGGCCCGAGCGGAUGGAGCGGCCCGAGCGGAUGGAGCGGCCCGAGCGGAUGGAGACUGAGGAGAGACACAGGAGUGUUCCUGUCAAACCUCCAGCAGAAGCUCCCCCAGUGAGGACCAUGAAGAGUAACCCUCUGACAGGAGACGACUUUCCAGCUCUCCUGGGGGCUGCAGCACCCACACUGAGUGUAAAGCCCCCCCCAGCCCUGAAGACUCCAGCCCAGGUCCCUCUGAAGGAGGAUGACUUCCCCAGUCUAUCUGCUGCCAUGGUUAUGACCCCCAUGACCCCUGCCUACUCCGCCCAACCCAGGAAGCACUCCUCCUUCCAAGAAGAAGACUUCCCCGCCCUGGUCUCUAAGAUCCGCCCUCCCAGACCAGCGGGCGGAGCUACCUCAGCCUGGAGCCAAGCCAGCAGCAGCAACACCUCCAAGACGGUCAUCCUUCCCUCCUCUUCCUCUAGACCUCCCCCUAACAACCCUCCUCUCCCCCUCCCCGCCGGCCCCCAGCUCCUCUCCUCCUCCUCUUCCUCUAGGAGGAAAAAGCACCCCAUCCGCCGCCCCUCCCCCCCAUCUGAUGAUGACAAUUGCGUUGCCAAGACGAUGCAGGAGCACCGAGCAGUUCCAACCAUGUUGGAUAUCUCCUCUCUUCUCAUCGUCAAAGGACCCUCUAAAUCUGCCUCUAAGCCCCUCCCAUUGACAGCUAAGCCCCUCCCACCAACCGCCAAGCCUCCCUCACUGACAGAUAAGCCCCUCCCACUGACCUCUAAGCCCUCCCCCGUGACAUCUAACCCCACUCCUAUUCCCGCCCCAAGCCCCACAUCCAAGACAGCCAAGAAGAAGAAACAGGCCACGCCCCCUCCGUCAUCAUUUGGGAACCAAGUUCCUGUCCUCAUGGAAACGGUCUCCAGGGUACAGAAGGAGAACGUUCCGGAGAGCCACGCCUCCAAGCCACUGGUUGCUAUGACGACGGCAACAGUUAAAACCGCUGUAAAAGCAAAGGUCAAAGCAAGUGGAUUGGCUAACGGCCACCUGGAUAAACCAGUCACAGUGGCCCCCCUCCCUAAAGCCCAGCCGGAACCCCCCCUGGAGGUAGAGGAGGAGUUCCCUGCCCUCAUCUCCAAGAAACCUCCCCCAGGCUUUAAAAGUUCCUUCGUCCUGAAGAGUUCUGCCCCCCCCAGAAACCUGUCCCCCCCUCGCCCCGGCCAGGGCAGCGCCACCCCUCCCAGUAAGCCCCCCCCAGGGUUUACCGGCAUCCCCCUCAACAGCAACGUGGUGGAGCCUGCCCCCCCUGCAUCCAGCCCCCGCUCUCCCCAGUCCCCGGGGGUGUACCUGGCUCCAGAGAACUUCCAGCAGAGGAACAUGGAACUGAUCCAGUCCAUUAAGAACCUCCUGCAGAACGACCAGUCACGAUUCAACCAGUUCAAGGACUACUCUGGACAGUUUAGACAGGGUCUGAUGACAGCCGUGCUGUACCACCAGAGCUGUAGGACUCUGUUAGGGGACAACUUUGGCGGCGUCUUCAAUGAGCUGCUGGUGCUACUACCUGACACGAGGAAACAGCAGGAGCUGCUGACGGCCCACGCAGACGACCGGGCCAUGGAAAGACAGGGAGGGGGCGGGACCAGGAAGAACAGGAAGAGUGCCUGGCAGACCCCCUCCAGCGCCAUCUCUAAUGCAGCCGCGCUGGACUGCCAGGUAUGCCCCACCUGCUGCCAGGUGCUGGACCCUAAAGACUUCAACUCCCAUAAGACCUUGCACCUGGGGGACAACGAGGACUUCCCCUCCCUGCAGGACAUCAGCCGCAUCAUCAGCUAGCCCUGGCCUGGGACAGACAUGCGCACUGCCCAAUCACAGCCCAGCCUGUUGCCAUUCAGGGGGAGCCUGUUUCCAUGGUGACCAUGGCCAGAGAGGACGUUGGGUAGUGUAUUUGAUGGCGAGGCUGGGGCCAGCAGGAGGUUGAACUGAAUUCUGGUUGCCUGAUGUUGACCUGAUUCCCGGUGUGAUUCCGGCUGGACCUGGACCCAGCCUGGCGACCCGAACCUGGAGGGCCCUACAAGUACCACAUGUUGUGUAUUAAUGAGAAGAAUGGUUCUAUAUAUUUGAUUUUUCUCCCCCUCUCUUCUGAUCAUUUCCAUGUUGUUGAUAAAGUGUUGAAGGA